AUGGUUCAAAAACCAGCAGGCAGCCCCACCUCCAGGGACCCUGGGAGGGAAAGGAGCUUUAAAAGUAGAGCUGAGCUUCAGGGCCUAGUCACUAUUCAAUCAAUUAAUACGUGUGUCUUCUUUUGUAUAAUUAUAGAGGCAGAGAAGAUUGCACAAGUGGCAAAAAUUUGGUUUCAGCAGAAGGUGAUGGAGAAAGAAACUGAAAAAUGCAUUUCUGAAAUUGAAGAUGCCGCGUUCCUGGCCCGAGAGAAGGCAAAAGCAGAUGCUGAAUAUUAUGCUGCACAUAAAUAUGCCACGUCGAACAAGCACAAAUUGACCCCGGAGUAUCUGGAGCUCAGGAGGUACCAGGCCAUUGCUUCUAACAGUAAGAUCUACUUUGGCAGCAACAUUCCGAGCAUGUUCGUGGACGCCUCUUGUGCUGUGAAAUAUUCAGAUGUUAGGACUGGAAGGAAAAGCUCUCCUCUCCUCUCUAAGGAUGCUGCUGAACCCUCUGGAGAGAGCCCUGUCCAAAAGAAGGAGAGCAUAGGUUGAUGCAAGAGGUGGAAAUGUUCUCCCAUAUCAAGAUGUGGCCCAAGGGGUUCAAUGGGAAUAAUGGUUACGCGACUCCCUGUGCUCGUGUGUUCUGCCUCUCCUGUGGUAGUCCUGGCUUACCAGCUGAUUCCAGGAUAGAGCCAGCUGUCUGGCACCCAAAUGGUCUUUUCAACCACAGUUUUAUCAAGUAUGCUGUGUGUGAUCCUUGCUAAAUUGGUACUCAUGAAAGAAGGAAAGUCUAAUGCUAAGAUACUGCCUGCACUGGAAUGUUAAACACAAAAUACAUAACAAGCUGUGUUUUCCUAAGCUGAGAUCUAUUGAAUAAUGUUUACAUUGGUCCCAGGGGAAGUGUGUGCUCAGCCAUUCAAGAGAUAGAAGGCCAGAGAGAAGAUGGCCAGGAUGUGGUAAGUGUAAAGAAGACUCACUACACCUGGGACCGGGCUCUCUUUAGGGUCUGCAGUGUACAUCCAUGUGAUUAGCAUCUAGUCUGCUGAAGUUCCCCAGGAAAUGAUCUUCCAGUUGAGCAACCAUUUACUUGAUACAAUGUGCACAUUUUUGUUUUCCUACAGUCAAGUUGGUGGCUUGCUGGGACAUGCACCUUGCCACUCAACCAGAUUCCUUGUAGAGAUUCCUAAUCACUAGUUUAUUGCAUUAGUAGGCUCAGAGAUAGAGCUUGGUUUGAAGUUUUGGAUGAGAUGAAACCUUGGCUUUGAAUCAAAGUUCUGGGGACCUGAAUUCUCCUCCAUUGGGUGAUGACUGUCUGUGUCACUGCCUCAGGCUGUGUGUGACUAAGGUACUUGGUUUCUUGUCACAGACAACUCCUUAUAAGUCACCUCUCAGCUCUGGCUGGCCAAGAGCAAGACAGGGCUUUACCAGAAAUAGGAGCAGCAUACAAUUCCUAGCUAUUCACUGCACAGUAUUGUAUCAUAACUGCAGGAAGUUUUUUAACUGGAUUUGGGGUACAUUCAUUUGCCCUAGUACCUCUGCCUAAAGGCUCUAUUCUAGGCUGCCAUGGUUACUAGCACACGAAUUCUCCUUCUCAAUAUUGUUCAUCAGGAGCCUACAUGGUGUGGAACAAAGAGUAACUUGGUCAUUUUUGUCUCCUUCCCUAUUGGCCCUGAGAUGCUGAAAUCAAAGUUGUUCUCCAGCUUCACCUUCCCUAGGAGAUUAGGAUUCCACUGACUUCUGGGCAGCCAGUGGAUUUAAUCUUCCAUGAGAGGAUGACAGAUUAAUCUGUGGCUAUGAGAGACCUAUUUCACCUGGACAUUUUUUUCCUUAAAGAUUAACUUUCUUAAAAAAGUGUGCCCCAUAGUUAGGCCUGAGUAUGUGCAGCUUGUUAAGACCUUUUGUGUAGACUUUGUUCAAGCCAGACAGAAAAGUCCUGGGAUCCUUCCAGCAACCUCUCAGCUGACUCUCAGUCUCAUGACAGUUGUGAGUUGUGCCAAACACUUUAUGGGAAUGGAAUCCCAGAUUUGAGUGGGUCUUUUCCUUGGGCCUUAUCCUAUAAAAGCAUUUGUAAUAUGGAGAGAAUCAUUUUUUUUUUCAUUUUUGCUCAUUAAUUGUAUGCGUUCUCUUUUUGAGUGAAUUUUGUGUUCUCUAGCCCUCAAAAGAACUUUUGAACUAAAAAUAAACUUCUCCUGUCAUAUAUUGUUGCUGCAGAUAAUGAUUGUUGUGGGAAACUUGGAUCAUUGGUUUUUGUGCUUUCAUUACUAGAGAUGUUUUCUAUUCCCAUGAGCUAAAAGUUGCUGCCCCAAAGUGAUGGAUGUGGGUUAUCUUACAAGCCACAAGCCCUGGUGCAGAGUUGAGGGGCAGGGAAAUCACAUGGUGAAGUUUUAAAGAAAGUACUUCCACUUGAACUGUGCUUCCCUGUGCUCACUCAGGCACUAGGUCUAGCCCUCCUUCAGGGAUGUUCCUUUUGGCAAAUAUAUACUGUAAUCUUGAGUCUAAAUUUAUAUGUGAAAUGCUACCUUUUUUAAAAAAAAGAAACUAAAUAAAAUUAUUUUACUAUCA